UCCAAACUCCUGCCUUCAGGGACCGCCAUGGCUGUCACGGCCAUUACUUCUCAUACGAAAAGCUUCAUCCAUAAACUCUCACGUUCCAUUGAAUCUAUUCCCACCCUCGUCGCCUCUCUCUAUCGAUUUCUACUUUUUCAGGCUAACCCAUUCUGGAUCCAGUCCUGCUACUUCUUCUCUUUGUCUAUGGCUGGUUUCUUACUUCUAAAGAUACUGCCUCUGAGAGACGUAACGAGUAAGCCUACCAACGUCGACCUGCUCUUCAUGUCGGCGUCAGCUAACACUGUCUCAAGCAUGGAUGCCAUGGAGAUGGAGGUGUUCUCCAACUACCAGCUCGGAGUUCUAACUCUUCUAAUGGUGACUGGAGGAGAGGUUUUCGUUUCCCUGCUUGGUCUCCACUUCGCAAAGAUCAAGUCCCAGAAGAAGGAUUCUUCACUCGAUGCAUCUGGCAUGGAACUCGCGACUCUCUCCGAUGAAGCUGAGCUCGGACACCAGAAACCCGACCUGAUGCCUCCCGACAUGACAGUACUGGACAUGAAAUCUAGCUCUAGAAAGCACCUGUUCUUUGUGGUGUUGGGCUAUCUCAUAGUAGCUCACGUGGUUGGUUUCUUGCUCAUCCUUGUUUACCUGCGACUUGUCCCAGAUGCCGGAACUGUGCUUGACCGAAAGGGUAUCAAUGCGUCCAUGUUUUCCAUAUUUACGACGGUCUCUACCUUCGCCAACUGCGGCUUCGUGCUCACCAAUGAGAAUAUGGUGGUGUUUAGGACUUGUUCUGGCCUCCUACUGAUAGUUAUAGUGCAAGCACUCGUCGGAAACACGAUGUACGCCUCGAGCUUGAGGGCAGUCAUCUGGCUCUUGAAGAAGCUCACCAAGCGGCAGGAGUACGAUUACCUGCUAAAUAACUACGGGGAGAUGGGUUAUGAUCACUUGCUUCCUGGCCCUCAUGCAUUGUACUUGGCAAUCACCGUGGCGGGGCUUGUGCUGCUACAACUCAUACUGUUCUGCUGCAUGGAGUGGACGUCCGACAGCAUAACUGGGCUGAGCACGUAUCAGAAGAUCGUCGGUGCCGUGUUCAUGUCAGUGAACUCACGCUACGCCGGAGAAUCCAUUGUUGACCUCUCAGCUAUCUCUCCGGCCAUCCUGGUGCUGUUUGUCGUGAUGAUGUAUCUUCCUCCGUAUACUUGUUUUCUGCCCAGAGAAGAUGACAGGCGGCUCCUCGAGGAUGGAGAAACAAGCAGGAGGACAACAGGCCUGGGUUUGAUCCUCUCACCACUGUCUUCUAUUGCCAUCUUCACCAUCAUCAUUUGCAUCACAGAGAGGAGGCAGAUGUCUCGAGACCCAUUGAACUUUAGCGUCCUCAACGUAGUUGUGGAGGUUGUAAGUGCAUACGGAACUGUGGGGUACACAACGGGCUACAGCUGCAAGCGGCAAGUGAAGGCGGACGUGCACUGCAAAGACGUGUCGGCUGGGUUCUCGGCGAAAUGGAGCAACAAAGGGAAGCUUGUGCUCAUUGCUGUCAUGUUCUUCGGCAGGUUGAAGAAGUUUAGCAUGGGAGGUGGCAAAUAUUGGCAGUUUAUAUAGUUGUUCCACUGCGUCUUCUUGUAUAAUUUGUCUCGAUCUCCAAGUCUGGUCUACAGUAUUGUGUCCGUAAUUUGGUCUUCCCAUGACUUUUGUUUUUGUGUAAGAUUGUUAUAUGUAUAAUAUAAUGUAUGUAGAUCUAGAAUGA